GUCAUAACUUUUCGACUUUCGAUUCAUGCAGUACAGACUCGUCGACCGCGUUGUACAAUCAGUCUAUUACUUUUGAACCACUAGUAAAACGUUAACGUCGAACACUUUACAUACUUUCAACCAAAAAAGAAUGAUAUCUGGUCGGGCAUUACAUUAUGUUUUCAAGAUUGGUGAUCGCUUGAAAAAUGCUGUAUUCUUCAGAGACAUUCUGGGUAUGCAGGUUCUGCGUCAUGAGGAAUUCCAGGAAGGAUGUGAUGCCCAGUGUAACGGGCCUUACAACAAUCGAUGGAGCAAAACAAUGAUAGGUUAUGGACCGGAAGAUGAUCAUUUCGUAAUCGAAUUGACAUACAAUUACGGUGUGAAAAGUUACGUUCUUGGAAAUGACUUUGGCGGCAUCACCAUUCGAUCGAAGGAAGUUAUUGAACGGGCUAAGGCCAAGAACUAUCCAAUCACAUCCGAUAAUGUUCUCGUGUCCCCCGAUGGUUAUAAGUUCUUCAUUUUACCGGAACAACAGCCUGCAUCGGAUCCAGUCGUUGGUGUAGCUCUGAACAGUACGAAUUUGGAAAAGUCAGUCGACUAUUGGAGCAAUGUUUUGAACAUGAAUCUGAUUACGAAAUCGGAUUCCUCGGCUGUGCUGUCAUACAAAGAAAAUUCGGUACAAUUGAAACUUCAGAAGAUCGAUGUGCCAAUAAAUCGGGAAAAGGCUUAUGGUCGAAUUGCAUUCGCUGUACCAUUGAGUGUGCAACCGCAUAUCGAUGAAGUCAUUAAAAAGACCAACAAUACGAUCUUGACACCAUUGAUAACGCUAGACACACCGGGAAAGGCCACUGUGCGCGUGAUUAUACUCGCUGAUCCUGACGGCCAUGAAAUAUGUUUUGUGGAUGAAGAAGGAUUCACCCAGUUGUCGAAGGUCGAAGUUGAUGGUAAUGAUCGGCUCGACAAAUACAUUGGAAAAGAUCCAUUUCAAUAGCGCGUGAUCGCAUUUGGGGCGCGCUUAGAGUGUGAUAUCGUGUUUUGGUUCGGUGGCGUAAAUUAUUGAAAUUAAUCUCCUGUUGCAGGCAAUAAAUAUUUUUUUAUGAAAACUUGA